CCCAACUUUUAAUUAUAUAACUGUCGCUAUCUAAAUAUUAGCAGUGAAUGUAUUAUUUGUUAACUAUAUAAGACACUUGUCGGCAGUGGAGAGUCAGUUCAGAUCAGUGCUUCGAACACCAAAGAAAAACAAUGUUUUCAAAAAUUUUAGGAAUUGCCCUUUUGGCAACUUACAUCAACGCUCAGUACCACGACCAACAAGGACACGGUUCUUCAUACAUUUCUUUCACACAGGAUGCAGGACAUUCUGGACUCGGAUUAAGUUCUUUGGGUUUGGGUGGCUACGGAGGUAGCUCUCUCGGAGGAUAUGGAAGUUCCGGUGGUUCUUCGUCCGGUGGUCACCAAGGUUCUUCCUACAUCUCCUACUCCCAAGGAGGACACAGCGGUUCGUCUCUCGGUCUUGGUGGUUCUUCAUCUUCUGGAGGUUCUUCUUCCGGUCACGGCUCUUCGUACAUUUCCUACUCGCAAGGAGGACACGGUGGUUCAAGUGGCGGCUCCUCUUUAGGAAGCUCAAGCGGUUCUUCUGGUCAUGGUUCUUCAUACAUUUCUUAUUCGCAAGGAGGCGCCGGAUCUUCUCUCGGUGGUUCAAUCGGGCAUGCCAUUCCCUUAAUUCAGACUGAAAGUCACCAUGAGGAACACCACGCUCCAGCUAAGUACCAGUUCAAAUAUGGCGUACAAGAUAAACACACUGGCGAUAUCAAGCAACACGAAGAAACUCGUGACGGACAUGUAGUUAAAGGGUCGUACUCUCUCCAUGAACCCGAUGGUACCAUUUUGACUGUGCACUACACUGCUGAUAAGAAGAGUGGGUUCAAUGCGGUGGUUCAAAGAUCCGGACAUGCUACUCACCCCCAGAAGUCCGACCAUUGA